CCACAAGGGCUGUUUUUCCUCCGCUCAACCGUUAGGCUAUGGCUGCGAUCAAGGCUAUAAACUCCAAGGCUGAGGUGGCGCGGGCCCAGGCGGCCUUGGCUGUCAACAUAUGCGCCGCCCGAGGGCUGCAAGAUGUGCUGCGGACCAACUUGGGUCCUAAGGGCACCAUGAAAAUGCUUGUUUCUGGUGCUGGUGACAUCAAACUCACUAAAGACGGCAAUGUACUGCUCCAUGAGAUGCAAAUUCAACACCCAACAGCUUCCUUGAUAGCAAAAGUAGCAACAGCCCAGGAUGACAUCACAGGAGAUGGUACUACUUCAAAUGUUCUAAUUAUUGGAGAAUUAUUAAAGCAAGCUGAUCUUUACAUUUCUGAGGGCCUGCACCCUAGAAUAAUAGCAGAAGGAUUUGAAGCUGCAAAGAUAAAAGCACUUGAGGUUUUGGAAGAAGUUAAAGUAAUAAAGGAGAUGAAAAGAGAAGUCCUCUUAGAUGUGGCUAGAACAUCUCUACGAACGAAAGUUCAUGCAGAACUGGCUGAUGUGUUAACAGAGGCUGUGGUGGAUUCUGUUUUGGCUAUUAGAAGACCAGGAUACCCUAUUGAUCUCUUCAUGGUGGAAAUAGUGGAGAUGAAGCAUAAAUCAGGAACAGAUACACAGUUGAUCCGAGGAUUAGUUUUGGAUCAUGGUGCCCGUCAUCCAGAUAUGAAGAAACAAGUAAAAGAUGCAUUUAUCCUUACUUGCAACGUGUCACUGGAAUAUGAAAAAACAGAGGUGAACUCUGGUUUUUUUUAUAAGACUGCAGAAGAAAAAGAGAAAUUGGUAAAAGCUGAAAGGAAAUUUAUUGAAGAUAGAGUACAAAAAAUAAUAGACCUGAAAGAGAAAGUCUGUGCUGAGUUCAAUAAAGGAUUUGUUGUCAUUAAUCAAAAGGGAAUUGAUCCAUUUUCCUUAGAUACUCUUGCAAAACAUGGAAUAGUAGCUCUUCGCAGAGCAAAAAGGAGAAAUAUGGAAAGACUCUCUCUUGCUUGUGGUGGAAUAGCUGUGAAUUCUCUUGAAGACCUCAAUGCAGAUUGCUUGGGACAUGCUGGUCUUGUAUAUGAGUAUACACUAGGUGAAGAAAAGUUCACUUUUAUUGAGGACUGUGUUAACCCUCGCUCUGUCACCUUGUUGGUCAAAGGACCAAAUAAGCAUACUCUCACACAAAUCAAGGAUGCCUUAAGAGAUGGGCUUCGUGCCAUCAAAAAUGCCAUUGAAGAUGGUUGUGUGGUUCCAGGGGCUGGUGCAGUUGAAGUGGCGAUAGCUGAAGCUCUUGUUAAGUACAAGCACAGUGUAAAGGGAAGAGCUCGUCUUGGAGUCCAAGCUUUUUCUGAUGCCUUACUCAUUAUUCCCAAGGUUCUGGCUCAGAAUUCUGGUUAUGACUUGCAGGAAACACUAGUGAAAAUUCAGGCUGAGCAUUCAGAAUCAAAGCAACUGGUUGGCAUAGAUUUGAAUACAGGGGAGCCAAUGGUUCCAGCAGAUGCAGGAGUUUGGGAUAAUUAUUGUGUGAAAAAACAACUUCUUCACUCUUGCACAGUGAUUGCCACCAACAUUCUCCUGGUUGAUGAAAUUAUGCGAGCUGGGAUGUCUUCUCUCAAAGGGUGAUGAAAUGAAAACCCAGCUCUUCUGAAAGAAGACAGGAUUCAGUGCAUCUGACUUUCAACUGCUAUGGGAUAGUCAUUCUUAAUUUUUACAAAAUAAAUGCAGCUUAUGUAUUACGGUUUUAAUGGUCUCAAAGAUACUUUGUCAAGUUAUAAAGAACACAAGAAAUAUUUGCAUGGUAAAGGAAUAUAAUGGAAAUAUUUUUUCUAAGAGUCCUAAUUCCUCACCUUUUAUUUUAUAAGCUAUUGCAAUUUUCAUAAAAUAGAAUCUAUUGUGAUUGUUAGACCUUCUGGGCAACUUUCAAUUAUUCAAAUAUGGAGCAUAGGUUUUAGAACCCAAAUCAAUUCCCCAUUUAUCAGAGGGUAUAAAUGUAGUAAGACAAACUGUUUUACUGCCUUAAAAGUCCUUCAGUAAGUUCUUGUUUCCACUCUUUCCUUUUAUAAACAUAACAUCACUUUAUAACUUUGAGUUGCAUUGAUUUACAAUACCUGAUUCAUUUAUUUAAUAAAUAGCUUAUUAUAUUUUACCUGAC